CUCCGGCUUGGAGGAGCGUGGGAGCCUAGCAGUAAGCUGUGCUUUCGGUCUAGAGUGCCAGUCGGGCGUCGCCUUCUGCUCUUUCUGCCCGGGUAGCGGGAGACUUUCUAACAUCACUAGUCUCGGAGCGGUAGGUGGUACCUGGCCGGCCCAGGAGUCGGCCCUUCCGAGGCUGGCCUGCGGAGAGGAGCCUUCGGCUCAGAUCUGUCUCGAAGUCAGUGUGGCCACUUGAGGAAGACACUCCCACCCCCUGAGAUGGCGUCCACGCUUCCGACAACCGGGGGCCAGGGGCCAAUGCUGUUUGAGGAUCUGGCUGUGUAUUUUUCUCAAGAGGAGUAUGUGAGUCUGCACCCUGCCCAGAGGUCCCUCAGCAGAGACACUAUACAGGAGUGUUUCGAGGAUAUGGCCUUGAUGGGAGGGGAAGGCAAGACUGAGAUUUCUCAACAGUUAAAUCUAGAGUCUACGGGAUUUGAAGAACUUGCCCCAGGAAACUCCUCCAUCACUGUGCCCCUUGUCUAUUACCCAGAAAAAUCUGACACUGGAGUUGGAGACCCAGAAAGGAAAGUAUCGGGUGGAGCUCCUGCUUGCAAGAAAAGGUUCAUAAGCCUAUUAGUUACCAUUGAAAACCAAACCCCGUUAUUAGAACUAUCUCAAUGUUUAGGAACCAGAGCACUUUCUGAAAUUCUUGAAUUUCCUGGGGAAGAAGCCAAAAAUUUGUACAAGUGUCCUGAAUGUGAUGAAAGCUUCAGUGAUAACUCACACCUUGUUUUGCAUCAGAAAACUCAUUCAGGGGAGAAAAAGUAUAAAUGUGGUGACUGUGGGAAGAUUUUCAAUCAUAGAGCCAACCUGAGGACACACAGGAGGAUCCAUACUGGCGAGAAGCCUUAUAAGUGUGCUGAGUGUGGCAGCAGCUUCCGCCAGCACUCACAUCUGUCUCGGCACAUGAAUAUCCACAUAAAGGAGAAACCCCACACAUGUGGCAUAUGUGGGAGAGGUUUUAUGUGGCUCCCAGCAUUGUCACAGCAUCAGAAAACCCACGCUGCCAAAAAAGCCUAUGAAUGUACUGACUGCGGUAAAUAUUUUGGUCAGAAAACAAAUCUUGCUUUGCAUGAGAAAAUGCACAUGUCAGCCACCCAGUACCGAUGCACUCACUGUGUGAAGUACUUUGGGCAGCCCUCACACCUUGUCCUCCCCGAGCAGGGCCAUGAGGAUGACUCUGAACAGUGCAGCGACUGUGGGGAAAAUUUACUUUUGUUCUCAAAAUUCAAACCCCUAAAAUGUCCCGAGUGUGCGAAGACCUUCCUUCGUGUCUCUGAGCUUAUUUCCCAUCAGAGCAUUCAUAGAGGGGAAAAGCCCCAUAAAUGCAAAACAUGUGCAAAAAGCUUUAUUUUGGACUCAGAGCUUGCAUGCCACCAGAAGAGCCACACAGGAGAGGAACCUUUUAAAUGUACCAUGUGUGGGAAAAGUUUCAGGUUGAAUAUGCAUCUUGUUGUUCAUCAGCAAACCCAUAUGGAAACCACCAUGUAAAUAUAGCAAGUUUUCAUUAAUGCUGUGCUUGUCAGUAUCUAUACUGAAAACUGGGGACCAGUUACCCUUUAUGUGCCUGGCACUUUACAUGCAUUCCAUGUCACAUGUCACUUAGUCUCCACUACAACCUUGCUUUAGGCACUAUCAUUUCUGUUUUAUAACCAAGGAAGCAUAAUCAAUGUCACAGCUAGUGAAUGAAGCCAGGAUUAUAACUCAGUAACUCACUCACUGUUCACAUUCCAUUUGUAUGAGCCAGAGAAUGAUAUGGAACUUUUUUUUAAAUUCAGUUUUCAUUAAAAUGAAAGUCUUCCUAGAAGUCCUUUUAAUUUUGUUACGUGGUUUCUGAGUAAGUUUUAGAAGAAGGAGAAUUUCCUUUUUUUUCUUUUUGCCAGUUCUGCAGAUGUAGUAUCUAGGAAAGUAAUCUGUCUAUUUCUAUCUUACACUUUUUUGGGUUAUAACUAAAUGUAACAUUUGUAAGAGAUGAUAUUUCACAUGUGAAUUUCUGAUAUGGUUUAGAAGCUUUUGUGCCUGGUGUGAAAAGUUCCCAAAUAGUUGGUGGACAAGUUGGUGUCAUAACGGCUAUUAGUAUCCAUGGAGUUCCAUUCUCAGAUCUGAUGCCACUGGCCUUUGUGACUCCUUUGCAAGGAAUUCUGGCAAUCUGACUGAAGCCUUUUCUGGUGCCUGGGCUUGAUCUAGGGAAAGAUAUUUGCUCCUCUCUGGAAGGAGUUACCUGUAAGUUUCGACCAAAGUACAUUUCCUGCCUUUCUAUGAAUAACAGGAACUAUUGUUUAGUGAACGUGCUAGAUGCUUUAGGUGUAUAUUAUCUAAUUUAAUCUUCAGGAUAAAUCUGACAGAGAAAGGGCUAUCCUUGUUUCAUAAACAAGGAGGCUGAAGCCCGCAGAGGUAAAGACAGUAUCUUGCCUAAGACAAAAAUAGCCAUGUGCUGAAGCUGGCAUUUAACCUUGGGUCUCUCUCUGACACUGAAGGUUGUGCAUUCUUCAACCCUGUUAUGUGUUUGCAUUUGUGUUCAGACUGCAAGCAGCCAGGAAGGCUGAGAUGAUGGGUGAAUGAGGGUGGUCAUCAUGGAGGCUACCUUGUGCACACGCAUCCUGGAACCCUUUCAUUGCCUUUUUUGCUUUAUCCCAAGCCUGACUUAACGUGUGUGGUAAUAAAGCAAUAGAAAGAUUCUCCAGGACUUCCAGUUCAAACUCCCAUCCCUAUGAUCAGAUCAGAGAUUGCAAACUCUACAGAAUACAGUCCUUAUGGUUUUAGUUGGAUUUUGGUUAAAAAAAAUUUCCUCCUGAUCUCCAAAGAAAAAUACAUACAGAAGACUCUUAGAGUUUAACCAAGCUACUUGACAAUAUAGGUCUUUAGAUACUGCUGUUACAUGUAAAUAUAGGAGCAAAAUGUUUUUGAAUGGAAUGGUCACUAAUGUUAAAGAGACAGGGAAUCUUGUAAAUACACAUUCAUACACAGUUUCUCUUUAAAGCAAAAUUGAUUGUGUACCUGUUAGCAAAACCAGUUUUUAAUGGACUUUUGAUCAGGAUGUGAGAAUGUCUUAAUUCUACUGAAAUAGUAUAGAAGUACAGCAUUGACUAAAGCGGGGUUAUCACUGGGAAACCUCGUGAGCAAUAAUAGGCCUCUUUAGAAGAGUAGUACCUGGAAGAUGCAGUCUUUCUACAGAACAGCAGAUUGGGAACAAUAUACAAAAAGAUGCUGGCUACUGCUGUAAGCUCUUAACACUGUUCAGAGACAAGAAAAUACUCCUGGUGAGUAAGGGAAAUGGAGACUAACCCAGCUCACCCAAUCUCCCCCUUUUUGUUGUUCUUGUUUCUUGUUUGCAUAACCACAGUUGAGACCCUGUGCUCUGAAUGUCAAGGUCAUACUAGAAUCUUUUUUCUGAUGUCUCCGCUCAAUAUGAGACACCAGUCUGCUGGGGUUUUAGGGUCCUAAAGAACUGAGAUCAUCUGUAGGCUGUUCUUCAGCAGAGCUCUGGGGAGUUUAAAAUUGUGUAGGAAGAUGGUUUCUAGUUAGAUUUCUUAUCAGCCAUCUUUAGGAUCUAAUAAUCUUUGCUACAUACCAGAAAGCACUAUCCACCAGCUCUCCUGCUUCUGCCUUCAGUGGCUGAACAGAGUUGCAGGGCAGGGAAUGAAAUUGGGAAAGAGGCCCCUACUUGCACAGUUGCUGCAGAAAGUAAGGAAGACUAUCUAAGACUACCUUGGACAGAAUGGGGCUGACAUAAAAGAUGGGAGCUGCCAUGCUUUCCUUUGCUCCUAUGACAGUAUGGGGGAAGGUGAGAAUUUAUGCCAUAAAUGCUCUUCUGUGCCUCAAUAUGGGAAGUCACCUUCCCAGAUGAGGCUCCCUUCACAAUUAAAUUCAGGUUUUACAUUUUUUUUUAUUUUCCAGAUUUUAUAAGAUUAUGCCAAACCUCCGUAAGAGAUUUAGAAAAAUAGCACUUUUAUAAAAACAUUAACAGUAAUUAAGAUGCCUUUUUGGUAUAAUAACCAUUGUUAAUGACUGGUAUGCAGAAAAAAUUAAAUAUAAAUAAAACUUUGAGUGUCAGUUACUGUAAAAGAGGCAUAUUUUCAAGUGUUGCCUUAUUGUGCACUUACACCUAAAUACAUUUGCUGGAUGCAAUUCAAGCUGCUCUGAGCCCAAAAAGUCGGAGGAAGGUGUGAGUCCACCAGUGAGAUCCAUGCUGUUUUUAUGAUGAUGGCUUUUUCACCUUUCUGUUUACAGUGUCAACUGAUGAAGCUAGAUUUCAGUUUGUCAUUAACUCAAAGAUAUUAGCCUAGUAUGUUAGUAUUAAGAAAUACUGGAUAAAAGUUCAUAGAGGGGGGCUCCUGGGUGGCACAGCGGUUAAGCGUCUGCCUUUGGCUCAGGGUGUGAUCCCAGCGUUAUGGGAUCGAGCCCCACAUCAGGCUCUUUCCACUAUGAGCCUGCUUCUUCCUCUCCCACUCCCCCUGCUUGUGUUCCCUCUCUCGCUGGCUGUCUAAUAAAAAAAAAAAAGUUAAUAGAGGGAUGAGAAACGCAGGAGCUAUUGUUAUGAACAGUUGCUUCACUGCCUUUUGCAGCAUGGAUGUUGACAUACUAUGCAGGGUGAGAACUUUGUACUGAAGAAAUUGACUUUUGAACAAAUGUGUUUUCUGUUGUUGAUGCAUAAAUGAAAAUGUGUAUCAAACAGUUACUUAAUGUGUAUUAACAGGGUGUAUUAACAGCCAUCAUUGAUACAAACAGCAUUAUUUCAGUAGAUUUCAGAUGUCAGCAGUUUAUAUUUUCAACUAAAUAAAUUGUGGGAUUUAGUCGUUAAUCUGGAAGGAGUUGGACUCAAUAUAGUUUUGUUUAGAGCUUUGUUGCAGUAGUUAAUAGGCUAUUCACAUCUCCCCAUUUAAUACAGAAGAUGACUAACCCAGUAUACAGGGAGUGAAAACAAGUGAGAUUUUACAGUAAGUGGUGUUUUGAGUCUUUGACUUCUGCGAUGCCAUAUAAUUAAGUGGCAUUGUUCUGAUGACUGCAGCACGAUACUGCCGAUUUUGCUCAAAGUAAUCUGCCAAUUUAUUGAGUAUGUGUACAAGGCAAAUUAUAGUUUAUCUAAUUAAUCUAUUUUGAAUGGUUCAUUGAACUCGUUAUCCUUAUAGGAUUUCAGCAGUAACGUGUUUUUGCUUUGACCGUCCGGUAAAAAAGGAACAGUGCUCUUCAUCUGAAGUAUGUAUAUUCAUCUGCUUUAGUUUUGUAGGUUGAGAGAGCUAUUGAUCUGAUGUCAGGAUGAUCAUUACUCAUCUUUUCAUGCCCAUUUGACUACGGUUUUUUGUCUUUUAUUUUUUGACAUCCCUCCUUGCAUUAACACCCUGGGGAGGCUGAGGAUAUAACAUAAAUGUAUAUAUAACCCUGAGAAUAUGCUGUAAUCUCUAGUUCGUUUGGAUACCACUUGUUAUGUGCACUUGUACUGUCUAAUGUUUUGAUUUUACCGAUUUCGGUGUGUUCUCAUCCCUCUUAUUUCUAGAAUGCACGCUCUCACUAGGCUGUGAUUAAGUUUAUGUGCGGUAUGGCAUCUAAUAAAUGGUAUUGUCUGAGGAUGGCAA